GUUGAUAUAAGAAGUCUGUCUUAUGAAUCAUUAUUUUAUUAUUAUGUAACAAGUUGUGAAGAAUAUUGGUUUAACAAAAAUAUUAACAAAAGUUUAUCAAUUAACGUUGAUAUAAGAAGUCUGUCUUUUUGUGUAAUAUAGAUAUUACGAGUACAUACAAAAAAUGAAAUCUUCUUCUCAUUCAGCUAUAUAUAUGCUGAUUUUUCUGGGUAGUGUAUAUAGAAAUCAAACUCAAGAAGUUCGAGAAUCAAGAAAUGUGAUCCCAAACAAUGGCCAUAUUGGACAUGAAAACGAAAUUAAAUCCAGCCGGUAUAGAAAUGAGAUUAAUCUACUGGGAAUGAAAGCGGAAACAAAAUGGAACAUGGAUAAGCUAGAACGGCAUCAGGACUAUAAUGGAGGAUAUUAUUCUGAUCUCAGAGAAGUGACAGCAAACGAUAUCGGGAACAUACCAUAUAAAGUAUUCAAUACUGGACGAUCACGGAACUUGGUUAAUCAAAAUGGCGGGGAUCUAAAGGUAGACAUAAGAAUAGGAGAUGAUUGGGGGCCAUGUGUUAUCCGUAAAUUCUGUCUAUGCAAAGGAACGUAUGUAUAUUGUUUGGAUGGUGGUCGCCAGUUGUCAUAUAUUCCCGAAUUACCCCCCGGUACUACCGCAUUUUUCUUUUUGAACAAUUAUCUUCCACUUAUCGACGAGUUUACAUUUUCUAAUUUAACCAGUUUAAUCUUAAAGGAAUUGGUCAUUUCUAACAAUUCCUUGCAACGGUGUCAACCAUAUAUGUUUAGACAUUCGAAUUCCAUUCAGAUUUUUUAUAUUGCCAAUGAACGUAAUAUUUCAUCAGAAGAAUUUAGAAAAUGUUUCUUGGGAGUUGCAGAUACAUCGAUCAAGGAAAUAAAGAUUACCAUGGUUUCACUAUCCAUUUUCCCAUCGAAUAUAUUUUCAGGUUUAAUAAAUAGCUCGGUUGAAACACUUAAACUGUACGGAACAACACUGAGGACAUAUGAUCCGAAGACAUUCCAACUCAUUCCAAAACUUCGCUAUCUUGAAUUGGAGCUCAGCAGUCUCACUGAUGUACAUGUAUGGUAUUCCAAUAUCCUUAAUAGGCUCAGUUUCAGCAAGAACAAAUUAAUGUCAUUUCCUAAUUUAUGUGUAAAUGGUAGAGCGAUGUAUCCUAAUUUAUUAGUGUUAGAUCUCAGUUCAAAUCUUGUGGAGAUAUUGAAAUCAUCCAUGAUAAGCUGUAUGAAACAACUAAAGCAAUUUUCAAUUGAUUCCAACCCGAUAGACAGAGUUAGAACUAAUACUUUUAGCGAUUUGCCAUUUCUACAAGAACUUCAUAUCUCCCACAUAAAGAAUGAAUUGUUUGUUAUAGAACCCAUGGCAUUUAACAGUUCUUCCCUUUCGGUACUUUAUUUUGAAAGUCAGGCCCUUGAUUGGGUAGCGGUUGAUCUAAAACUGUUUUCAUUUUGUCCAAAUCUAAAGACUUUAUUUGUUCAAGGCAAUAGUUUUGCUUUUUUUACCGAAGAUGAUUUUGAUACACUUCUGGGUCCUUUGAAAAAUCUCAGAAUGCUAAUUCUUGAAAAUACUGGGAUAGCAUUUCUUCCACGCGUUAUAUCGAGUCAAUUGACAAAAUUGGAAUUAUUAAAUGUUGCUAAGAAUAGAAUAAUCAGCUGGCCAGAAAAUUACUUUAAAUCUUUAACGAGCUUAAAGACACUUACUUUAGCAAUCAAUCGCAUAUCGGUAGUUACUCAAGCCUCUUUCCCAGAAACUCUAAUUGAACGUCUGAAUAGUAUAGAUCUUUCAGCGAACCCAUUUGUUUGUUCCUGUGACUUACAGUGGUUCAUAAGUAUGGUGGAAUUUUAUGACAAAACAAUCCAUAAAUUCGAGUAUUAUCCGGUGGAUUAUUUAUGCAAAUGGCCCAGUAGGUGGCAGGGGAAACAGAUAGCCAUAUCGUACGUCACUGGGAAAUAUUGUUUUCUUACAUCACAGGUCGGGUUCGGUUUGAUAGCGGCCACAUCGAGUUUAGUUUUGUUUGUUAUGUUUGGAGCUGUUGUGUACCGUUAUAGAUGGAAUAUCAGAUAUGUUGGAUAUAUGCUACAGUUUCAGCGGCGUCGUUUCCAGCGAAUUAAUGACAAGGGAGAUAACUAUCAUUUUGACCUGUUCUUAAGUUGUAGCGAAGAUGACCUCGAUUUUAUUCUUGCUGAAAUUAUUCCAAAAUUAGAAAAUGAGAUGGGUCUUAAUCUUUUUAUUCCACAACGAGACGGAAUCGGAAAUAAAAUGGACGGAAUUGUGAAUAAUAUGGAUGCCAGUAAAAAAGCCAUUUUGUUUAUCUCCAAUUCAUACGUUCAAGAUCAUUUCUGUGAAUUUGAGGCUAGUUUAGCGUAUGAGAGAUAUUUAUACGAAAAAACUAAUUUUAUGAUAGUUAUUCUGCUUCAGGAACCUGAUGCUAUAAACGUUACUAAAACUAUUUAUAGAAUAAUUAAAGCGGAUGAAUAUAUAUUGUGGUGUGAAGAGGAAGAACACAAGCGAUUAUUUUGGUUGAAACUGACCGAAACUGUAGUUAACAGAGAUGACCUACGCGCAUAGAUGCAGGCGCAGCGCUUAGGGGGGGGGGGUCAAAGAGACCAGAUACCCAUCGCCUGCGCAGGGUCAAUCAAGAGGUUCCUGGGCCCGAAAUAGUCGAAAAUAACAUCUACAGCGUUCCAUUAUUCAAAUUGUCAUGGUUAGCCCCCCCCCCCUCACGCCCCACUUUCUCCCACUAGGCGAAAAUAAAUACAAAUUAAUUAUUAAUAAAAACAAAGCCACAAACUUGGAACGAUACAAUUAAAAUCAUAUUAAAUAAAAUUAAACAAGCUUUAUUGUCAAGUUAACAUUAUUUUUGAAAAUUAUAAAAUUAAGUGACUAGUUUUAUUGAUGUAUUUUGUAUUAGUCACGUUCACUGUAACAAUCUCAAUCUAAAAAAGUAUUCCGUUAAUUUUGUUAAUUUUAAAAUACAUGUAUGACGAAUAUUAUUUUGGAAAUUAAAGAAUUAUACAGUGUGACUUCCGAUGAAGUUAUUCAGACUAACAUCUCGACAAUACCCAUGAUGUUAUUUUUGAGAGAUAUUAAGCAUGACAGCAUUUUAUUUUAUGAUCAGUAGUGGAAUACCGCAUUUUAUCAGUGAAAUAAAAGUGUUAUUCGACUGGCUAGUUGUUUUUACCUAAAAUGAUUGUAAAAUCAUAAAAUAAAUAGAACAUUUGUCGUUUUGUCGUGAAUAACAUAUUUUAUUUCAUCGCUAAGCAAGAAAACGUUUAUAUUUUCACUCAUGCUACGCAUUCGUGAAAAUAUAAGUUUUCUUGCUUCUCGAUGAAAUAAAAUAUGUUAUUCACUCUAAAAUGACAAAUAUCCUCUAUAUAUUUGAUUUAUUUUUUAUUUCAGUGUUCAGUAUAUUGUAUUUAAUACUUGUUUUUCUCUUGUGCUUCUUGUAUAUUAUGCUUUAGUUAUACUUGAAGAUGCAUUAUGUAAGAACUAAAUCUGCCCAUUGCAGGUCUUUUUUUCUGGCUGUGCAUCUUGUAUAAAAUAUUAUUUAGACACCAAUGCACAUGACAAAUCAGUUCUCUUAGACCAUCGGGCGAAAGGGAUUUAAAUGGAUUUGAACAUUCGUGAGGUUAAAAAAUUUAACGAAACUGACCAAGUCUCGAUUGUCAAGUACCGUUGCUACGAUAAUAAACGAUCUACGCUAUACAUGUUCAAACAGUCAUAACUUCGCCCAGGAUAAAGUAAUUUGAAUGAAAUUUGCAGUGUAGUCAUUUUGCAUUAUCUAUUUUUAAUCUAUCAUAGCAAGAACAACCAACUCAUUAUCUGAAUCUUACAUAAUGCAUCUUUACGUUAAAAUUAAAUAGUGAUUAUCAUUUAAUAUUGUGCUUCUAUUUAUAAUAUAUAUAGUACAUGAUUAAACUAUAUCUAAACACAAGGAA